UUAAAAUCCUUUUUCAUUUGUCUUAAUUUAUUCUGACGUUUGCUUCUUCUCUGUAAGAGUCUUGCAUGGCGAUUUGGGCUUCAAUUCGCAAAAAUUAGGGCUUCGCUAAUCGAUCGAUUUGCCAACUUUGUUUUAAAUAAGAUGUGAUCUCACAGUGGUUCUCGCGGUUUUUUUUUUUCCUUCUUCGAAGCCAAGAUUUUAUCAAGGACAGUCGGUCAAGUGGUUUCUUUUUUUAGAGGGGGGGAUAUUUGGGGUUUGGGAUUUCUAGGGUUAGGGUUUUGGAAGGCAUGAAGGGGGCUUUGGAUCGAACUAAAGUGAUUCUCCGCCACUUGCCGCCGGCUAUUACGGAGGCCAUGCUUGUCGAACAAGUCGAUAGUGCUUUUUCUGGCCGUUACAACUGGCUCUCUUUUCGUCCCGGGAAGAGCAGUCAGAAGCAUCAGUCCUAUUCCAGAGCAUACAUAGAUUUCAAGAGGUCUGAGGACGUGUUGGAGUUUGCAGAGUUCUUCAAUGGGCAUGUGUUUGUCAAUGAGAAGGGCACUCAGUUUAAAACAAUUGUUGAGUAUGCACCUUCCCAACGUGUUCCAAAGCGGUCUUCUAAAAAGGAUGGUCGUGAAGGGACUAUACUCAAAGUAUUUCUUGAUGAACAUCUAGAUCCUGAGUAUUUGGAGUUCCUUGAAUGUCUUGGGAAGCCAGUUGAGAACCUUCCUAGUGCAGAGAUACAAUUGGAGAGAAAAGAGGCAGAAAGAGCUGGUGUACCAAAGGAUACUCCUAUAGUUACACCUUUAAUGGAUUUUGUUAGACAGAAAAGAGCUGCUAAGGGCGGAUCACGGAGGUCACUGUCCAAUGGGAAACUGAGCAGAAGAGCUGGUGGGUCAUCUGGUGGAACUCCAAGUUCAGCAUCAUCGAAAAGAGGUUCUGAAAAGAGAAGGGGUUCUACUACAAUGUAUGUUCUGAGGGAUAGUUUGAAAAAUGCAAGUGGCAAAGACAAGUCAACUUACAUUUUGGUUUCUAAAAGGGAUGAGCAGCAACUUUCUGAUAAGCAUGUUGCUUUAGCUUCAUCUAUGGGAACUGAAAUAUCUGAAGAGGAAAGUGGAGUUCCUGGAAUUACUGAUGCUGUUAAGAAGAAAGUUCUGCUUCUUAAAGGGAAAGAGAAAGAAAUUUCUCCUGUGGCUGGAAACGUGUUGCAUCAACAGAAUGCUACAUCUCCAAUUAAAACUAUACUUGGUUCGACUCCUACCAAACAGAACUCACGACGUGAAGGAAGAAUGAUUAGAGGCAUACUUUUAAACAAGGAUGCUCGUCAAAAUCAGUCUUCUGGGGUCCAGUCGGAGCAGCAAAUUCGGACCUCAAAUUUGGAAAAGGACAGACGACCGCCACGGCAUUCACAUUCACAUUUAGUUUUGAAGGAUACAAACACUGCUUCAGAUGACAAGGUUGUUGGGAAUGACUUGCAUGGUAGUGAGAAGCCAGAAAGACGUUGUAGAAACAAAGAUAGACCAGAUCGCGGUGUGUGGACCCUCCGCCGUUCUGAUGGAUCAUAUGCAAGUGAUGAGUCCAUGUCAUCAUCUGCUUCUCAAUCUGCGCUGAUACCUUUAGAUCCUCUAGAAGGGACUUAUGGUGAUACUAAAGUUGAUUUGUCAAAUGUACGGUCUGUGCAAGUUAAAACUGUUGGAAGUGGACGCAACAGUUCUUUAGAUAAUGGAUCCCAUAAUAAACAUGUCAGCCGUCGUGGAGCUGUUGCCGAUGGAUCUUCUGUUAUGAGUGAUGGAAAACCUGGAAAAAGAGGCUGUGCUGCUGGCUAUGGUUCUCAUGAGAAACAAGUCUGGGUGCAGAAAUCGAGUUCUGGUUCUUAGUGAACCUUUAAAAUGCAAAUUGCUUAGUCACAUGAAUAUCGAGCAUGCAUUUGCUUUUUGCUGGAGGCUGUCUCGUUUUGCAUAACCCAUGAUCAGGUGUAAUCAAUGUUUCAGCAGCAAAGUAGGGGAAGAGGUUCAGUUGACCUAGAGGUUGCAGAUACCAUUGUAAUUAAUACUUGGUUGGUUGAAGGAAUCCCAAUGUUAAUACUUGGUGGAUUGAAGAAAAUCUUGAUCUUAGUCAAAGAUGGGUCGGAAUAGAAAGGAACAAGAAGCAAAGAGAAAUAAAAAGUUAUCUUCUUAGUAAUCGCACUGCAUCACUGUUUUCAUUGCUGCAGGCCAUAGUGGAUUUUGUCCAGCUGAGGCGCUAUGAAUCUCCUUUGAUUCUUGCCAUUGACUCGACUUGGUGCUGGCAUAUUCUGAUUUUAUUGGUCGGUUUCCUCCCAUAGCUGGAACUGUAAAUAUAAACGCAGAGCCCUCUACAUACUCUCUGCUUUACUGAGUUAUCAUACGUGUCUUGUUGAGCAGUCCACCUUCUGUGUAGACUCAAGUUUAGCAUUUGUCUGUAUGGGUUUGUCCUUCGUGCAGAAGAGAAGGAAAGCUGGGGGAAACUUUUACCAGCCUGCAGCUUGUUUUGAAUCAUGGCGGAUUUAUGUUACUAGGCAUUGGAGUGGUUUGGAGGAAUGGUAAAUUUGUAUGUCGGUGGGAACCCAUUUUGGUUUUUGUUUUGGCUUGGGUCUUAUAAAGUGAUAUCCACAAUGUGAGUGUUAAUGUUUGCUGCCA